CAAACCUCGCGCUCAGGCGUCGCUUCCUCCGCGCGCGUUCGGUGCAGCGCGAGGGAAACACGCCACAACGCGCAACGCCGCAACGGCUCCUAAAGGAAACGCGGGAAUCCUGCAGCAGAGACGGGAAGCAGUAAUCAGGCAGGUUGGACUUAAGGUGUUUGUGCUGUGAUCUGGUCAGAAAAAGACGGAUGAUAGGAGCAAGACACUGAUCUACAGUGUGUGCUAGCUCGUCUAAAUGACUUCACCUGUCAAUAAGAGAUCUACUUCUGGGUCCCGCAGAUACAAUCCUCUGAAGUCUCUGCAGCCCAAAUGGCGCUUGCAGCAAAUACUGUCCUCUUCUGCUGCACCCCCUCCUUUUGAUUAUUGCAGGUUUAUAGAGCUAGACUACACUCCCAUGGAGGCAGACAUUAUGGUCUCUAUGAGGCAGAGCCGAGGAUUUUUGACACCCAAGUCUCCAGAUCGCCACUGUCGGCGGAGUCCAGCACCUGUAAGUAACCGUGAUCCCUAUGGCAACGCCUCCCUCAGCAGCAGCAGCAACUCAGGAUCAUGCAAGGGGAGUGACUGUAGCCCAACCCCAAGGCGUCACAUGAAGUACACUUCUUGCACAGAUAACCAUGGUAUUAAGCCACCUCCUCCUGAGCAGUAUCUGACUCCUCUGCAGCAGAAAGAGGUAUGCAUCAGACAUCUGAGGGCACGGCUCAAAGAGACAGUUGAACGACUCCAGGACAGAGAUACAGAGAUAGAUGAGUUGCGGACUCAGCUUUCUCGGAUGCAGGAGGACUGGAUUGAGGAGGAGUGCCAUCGUGUUGAGGCCCAACUAGCUCUGAAGGAGGCGCGUCGAGAGAUCCAACAGCUGAAGCAGGUCAUCGAUGUUGUACGCACCAGCAUGGGUGAGGCAGACUCGGGUGUGCAAAAGUGCUUCCAAGACAUCACUGUCCAGAACCACAAGUUAGACACUUUGCUUCAGAGCAUGGAGAUUGCACAAGCAGGGGUGGCAAAAGUUGUGGAGGCGUCAGGUGGGGGUGGGGCAGUGGGGGCAGGGCCAUGGGUUGGUGAGGGGUCAGUGGGCUCUUGUGAAGGCUCGCCGGCCCGCUCAGUAACCCGCAGCUCUACCUACACUAAACUGAGCGAGAUGGUACCCCCUGAGCACAAUGAAAGUGGCAGUGGCUCAGAUGUGGCGUGCUGCCUAUCAGCCGAGGGUACUCAGGAUAGUGGUUUUGUGUGCUGUGGGGAAAUGGAUGUGGGCAGAGUCACACGGGCUGAGCUGCUGCUAGAAGCUGCUUGCUUAUCCGAGGAAACGGCAUCACUGCUGAAUGCUUGCUCACACCUUCCACACUCAGCUACCUACGAGGAACUGUGCUGUGGAGAGACAAGAAUGUUACCUCUGCGCUGCAGCCUGGGUAGAACUACUGGAGGAGAAGCAGCAAUGAGCAUCAGUCACCCGUGCUUAUCGCAUCACCACUUGUAUCUGCACCACCUAAGAGAACAGUCAAUUCAGACAGAAUGUGACUCAGGACCAGCCUCAGCUCCAGUCCACGGAGCUACAUUUGGCUCUGACCUAGACACUAUUGCUGAGGUUCGCACUUUCCGCUCUCAAGCGUGCAGCCCCACCUCCACCUGGCUGUCAGAUGAGGGUGAUGAUCUAGACUCAGUCACCACUGAAUCAGUUAUCACGGCUACAGCUGGAGGGAAACCUAUUUUCACUGAGACUGUCUCUACCGAGUCAUCCCUCACGCUAGGUGCCAAGACAUUUGCUGCAGCUGAAACAUGUAAUAAAUUAUCGACUACCACAGAGUUUGCUGGUACAAUGGCUGUUGUUGAUGAUUCUGUUGCUGUGUUGCCCACUGCAACAGUUAUGCCUGACGCUGAUUCCGAACUGAAUUGUUCUACUCAAGGUCUACCCACAAGCCCUGAUUCUGUCUCCUGUCCUGUCCCACUGAUGCCAUUCGUGGAGAAAAACGGCGAACCAACCCCACAAAUUACUCAGCCACAGCAUGAAGCCUCACAGGUCAACAUCAGUGGGGUCACUAUUGUAGAGGUAGAUGAUGAUAAUGAAGAAGACAAAGAUGAAGAAGCAGCAAGUGCAAAGGACUCUGGAUGUGAAGUGCCUGUAAAGAGUUACUGGAGUCGCCAUUUUUUAGUGGAUCUCUUGGCUGUGGCAGUGCCAGUGGUGCCCACGGUGGCUUGGCUGUGUCGGGGACCACGGCGCGUAGGCCAGCCUAUGUACCAUAUUGGGGCAUUGCUGCGUGGUUGCUGUACCGUAGCCUUGCACUCCCUGCGCCGAGGGGGGGGUCUGCGCCAUUAUCCAGCAGGGGGAGGGGGGCCAGGAGGUAUAAAUAUAUGAGAUCAAACUUAAGCACCAGAGUGAAUUCUUAAGCUGCUUACAAUGGUGUUUGCAGAUCAGACUGGAAGAGACUGUGGGAGCAAUUGACGCCAAGACAGGAGGCAAGGUACGCACUGCACCGGGGUCAUUAGUUUAAUUACAAGUAUCAAAACUCGGGUCCUGAUAUAGGAUGGAAAAAGUGGGACAGGUGUUUUAUCAAUAAAUCUUUAUUGAAAACAUGUUAGUCCGUGGUUUUAUAAAAUGGUACCCUUUAUCUUGAAAUCCUCAUCUGUGUUCGUUAUCCAUGUUUAGUUGGCAGGACAAGAAACUUCUGAAGUUUAUCUGAUAGACAUGAACAAUGUUGUAUAUUUAGGAGUGAGAACAAAAAAGAACAAAAUGUCUAAUUCUGUGUCUUCCUGCCUUCUGUUCUUGUGAUGUACUCUUCUGGUUUAAUCAAUAAGAUGAGGGUUAAAAAAAUUAUGUCAAUACAUGUGAGUUUGUGUUGUGUCAUUGUGCAGUGUAGCUGAAGCACCUGAACAACUGGAUAUGUCUGUUGCUGCAGCAGUUGUAGGUGCAUGGUUAGUUCUCCCAUUGUAGUACUGCUAAUCUAUUUAUAUGCUUCACCUAGACAUAGACUGGUGUUCAAGGUGGCUUCUCCUGCUAGAAUGUAUUCCAUAGGCAAAAAGUACCUGAAACACAUAAGCUUUAUUGUGUUAUUUUAAACCAAAAUGAGUGUGUGAAAUACAACGUUACAGAACUACUAUCAAGGGACAUAUGGAUCUCUAGAUGGACUACAUUUGCAAAAAUUGAAGCAUUGAAGAAUGCAUGAAAAACAAGCAAUCAUACAGUGUCUAUAGUAAUAAUAAUUAUUCUUAAUUAUGAUAAUUAGAAUUUAAGAACAGGUCUAUAUUAGAUUUCUAUAGAGGUACCAUUUGUUUCUUUUGCACUUUAAGGAAUUUGUUAAUGUUAGUGGGCCCUGUAAUAGUCCCUAUACGCGUAGUGUCUCAUUUUUCAAUGUUUUGUGUUCCAAAGUGUCCCCAUGAAAAAGGUACUUUUGACUGACUCCGCUCUAUGUGGUUUGGCAUUUACUGAUAUCACUUGCACUAAAAUUCACUUUAUCACCACGUUACUUGAAGUGUAGUGCGUAUGCAAUGUUCAAUGUUCCUAGGGCAGAUAUUCACAAAGAUUACAGUCUCAACUCGAUCAUGUACACUUAUGUAUACAAACAUAUUCUUAAAAAUAGAAAUGUUGCGACCAUAAGUGCUUAUCAGCUAUAAUUCAUAAAGCACUGGAUAAUCAGUUAAUAUAAUUAGAAAUUGCUGUUUUAUUAUCAAUGUUUCUCAAUAUCUUUGAUUACAACUUUAAUUAGUUGCCUUUUGCUCUACACCACUUGUGUGGAGUCAUCGUGCUGUCAGCUGGCUUUUGUGAAUUGUGUUGUAUGAUCACAUGUACAUCGUGAAGUCAUCAUGUGAUUUUAUAACAUCCGUUUUUUUCCUCCUGAAACCACAUGACAAUCUUUGUGUUGUGCAUUGUGAAUUGAAAAAACAGGACUGUGGGGUUCAGUUUUAAAUCAAUAUGCUAGUCUCAUUGCGGCUGUUUUCCCAUUUAUGUGUGAUUGUAAAACAUUGAAUGUGGCAUGAAUGAAAAUUGUUUUUUAAUAAGUCUAUAGUUUAAUAUUUUAGGUUAUGAUUGUUUUAGAUAAUGAAUGUGUGGCCGUUUGUAUUAUUUGUUUUGAUACAUAGUCAAAGGAUAUUCAAGGAAUGCCAUUUUUGUCCAAACUUGACAGCAAUCCAUUACCUCUAAUUUAUUAGCCAGUAAAGAGCCAUUUAAAUGAUGAUCAAUGCUGUUGAUUGCAAAAUGUUUGUAUUACAGUGAUUACCAAGGCAUUAAAAGCUUUCUGUAAAGCCAUAUUAGUCUGAAUAAUGUAAUUUAAUGAAGGUCUCCUCAUGUGGUUGAGUGGGGACUUUAAUGUGUGUGUGAGGGUCUGUUAGGAAAUGUGUGCUUAAAAUGUUAAAUUCUUCUUUUUAUUCCAAUCCAAGUUUUGUUUCCUUUGAAUGUUUGGUUCAAAAUCAAACAAGAUAUAUAAAUUCUAAUUAACCAGAAAAACUCAUAUUUACACAACAUGAAUAAGGGGCCCGAUUACUGCAAACCAUCAUAGGACCAUGAAUAAUCAUGGAACUGUAUAGAUGACCAAGUAUUAUUAGGUGCUUCACCCAAAAAAGCUUUUAGAAAAUAGAGAUCAUCAUUGCUUAUAACCCUUUAGAUUUGUCAUUUUUUCACUUGGGCCUAGUAUAACAGCUGUGCUUUAACUCAUAAGCUUGGUAUUUAUCUCAGAAUACAAUAAAAGAACACAAUGUCGAAUGAAUCACAUGCAAUAUGUGUUAAUGACAGCACUAUUUUUUUAGGUAUGUGUAAAUUAUGAUACAAUUCCCAACGAUGUAUAAAAAUGAGAUAAAAUGAACAAUAAAAUUGUUUCCUUCA